UCAGCAGUCACCAGCGCCAUUCUUGAUUCGUGAUUCACGAGUGAUUGGCUGCGUGGUGGCAGAGCCACGUGCAGAUGCACGAUCCGCCGCGAUGCGCUCGACGCACAGGACACCUAAAUCCAUAUCGUAUAGGCAGGACGGUGACUUCCGGGCUCAAUCUGCACUCACACACUGGUUCGAUCGAGCUUGAUGAGACUUUUUUUAUUCGUCGUGCACUCAGACUGCGUAUGGUGAAUGCUGCAAUCACGAAUCAGUGAAUGGGAACCUUUCCGCACAUCUCUCAUCAAUCAAGAGUUGUGCUCCAUGUCUGUCGCCUGUUCUUUGACGUCGAGCACGCAGACCUCUCUGGGCGGUGCCUCAUGAACCACUGGCACUCACGUUUGGCUUGACUCAACAUCACUUGUACUCCAGACGCGUCCAUCUGUCCAGCGACCACGCGGACGAACGACCAUCACGACACUAUCACGACAUUCGCCAACGCAAAACAUGGUCCUCUGAGCUGGUCCAGAGAAUUUGCCUCAUCGAAUCUCCAGCUCAAGCUGCUCCAUAUUUUGUCUCAAGAU